AUGACAUUGUCCAACCAGAUAUGCAUCGACUACAAUGCGCAGGCCGUGGCUCUCGUGGCAGACUGCGAGUACGCGGAGGCUGCCAAUAUGCUCAAAGCUGCUCUACAGAACCUACAUGCAAAGGGAGAGCGUCCGAACUUGAAAUACAUUCACUCAACUACCGGUACUAGAGACGUCCACAGCGUUCGCCUGAUGAGCAAGGAAGAGGCUCAUCGACUGUCGCCAAACAACUUGUUCCAACUGUAUCCCUGCGCAUUUGUCGUGGAUCCCGGGAGGUCUCACGAGAUUUCCGAAACGACGUUGUCCAUGGUGCUUCUCUACAAUCUGGGAUUGGCAACUCAGCUCGCAGCUUUGACGACUCACCGACAAGACGACUCGGUCAUGCGUCACGCCAUUGACGUUUAUGGCAAUGUCACGAGUUUGAUCCAUCAAACUUUCUCCUCCAACCGCAAAGUCGCACAACAAGGCGGGGAUCUUGUCUGGCUCCUAUUGGCCAUGGCCUGCAACACGGGACACAUUCACUCACAUCGACUUGACUUUUGUAACACGAGACAGACUCUGUCGUGGCUCAAGGGACUCAUCUGUCUCCCCAUGGCACGGCUAUCAGUGCCCUCAGAAGACUUUCGUCUCUUUAUUGAAAAUGUCUGUACCUUUCUGGAGGGAAUGAAUUUGAGUCUGGCACCAGCGGCUUAG